AUGGUCGAUCGUGCCAACCGUCCGUCUGCGCUCAAUGCGCCCCAAGCCUCUGCGCCUGGAGCUCAGGUCGAUAUUGUAGGACAGGAGGGCAGCCAGAAGGUGGUUGCUACGCUUUCGUCUGGUGAGAGUGUCGAGGUCCUGCUGUUUGGAGCUACCGUUACCAGCUGGAAGAGCCAUGGAGGAAAGACGGAGAACCUGUGGCUGAGUGAGAAGGCCGAUCUAACUGGCAAGAAGCCUGUUCGUGGCGGUAUUCCAGUCGUCUUUCCUGUAUUUGGGCCUCCGCCAAAAUCAGCACACCCCACGUCCUCCCUCCCGCAACACGGCUUCGCUCGCGGCACGCGCUGGGAGUUCUUGGGCAAGUCGACUGUUGAGGAUGCUGCGGACACGGACUCCGUCAAACUCGACUUUGGCCUAGAUCGCCAGGGCCUGAGUGAGGAGUCGCGCAAGGCAUGGCCGCUUGACUUUGGCCUCGUCUACAGUGUCACAUUGAGCAAAGAGAGCCUGCAGGCUGUCAUGACGGUCCGCAAUGAGGGCGAGGAGAGCUUCGAGUUCCAGUUUCUGCUGCACACUUACUUCAAGAUCCAGCGACUGACGCUGCAUGCGCAGGACAUCUCCAAGGUCGUCGUCACAGGUCUCUCCGGCACCGAGUACGUAGACAAGGUCCUCGAUGCUUCCACACAUACGCAGAGUAGCAACGAGCUCAAGUUCACCGGCGAGGUCGACCGUGUCUACAAGAACAUCAAGCAAGAUACUACAUCCAUCCUCGAGGAUGGCAAGCCACGCUUCGAUGUCAUUCGCGACAAUGUCAAGGAUACCGUUACGUGGAAUCCAUGGAUCGAAAAGGCCAAGGCCAUGGGUGAUUUUUCGCCAGAUGACGGUUACAAAAACAUGGUCUGUGUUGAAGUUGGCGCUGUCGAUGGAUGGCAGAAGCUGGAGAAGGGUGAGGUCUGGGAGGGUGGCAUCAACUGGAAAGCCGAUGGAGAAAAGGCAAACAAAACAUGUGGGGAUCGAGAUUUGAUUGGUGCGCCGAACGAAAACACGGGACAUGGAGUAGUGUACCGUAUGGCAGACAAUUCAGCCUUGGUCGAAGACAGUUAG